UGUGACGCUAAUCCGCAUCGUCAUGUCAGUUUGCCUCGAAAGUAGCCAGCCGAGAGACGGUUUGAAGCUACCGCUUAAUCGGAGUUUUAGCGAGCCAGGAUCUCAGACUUCGCCGUCUCAUCUACCCUUGGGUUGCCCGAAUCCGAAACGUUUCAAACUGGAUACCUCCAGCGUGAGCCUACCUACGAGCCCAUGUGCGGAGUCGGCGCAUUUGCAGCGAACAUGGGUCCUGAAUAAUGUUAAGUACAUGGAUGACGAUGCUCUUAAGUCAAAAAUGGAAGAUCGUAGACCAGGACCUAAGAGUUAUAUAUUGUUGGAUUGCCGGCCCUUUAUCAGCUACAAUAUGAACCAUAUUGCGGGAGCUAUAAACGUCAACUGUUCCGAUAGAUUUAACAGGAGACGUCUUCAACAAGGCAAAGCAACUUUGGCCGAUCUGGCCACGACUAGAGAAGGAAAAGAAGUACUGAAAAAGAGGUUGUUUAGAGAAGUGAUUAUUUACGAUGAUUCUACGAGUGAUAAAGAGAGAAUUACCGUUGGGCAUCCGUUGUUGUUAGUGUUGACUUCUCUUGUGGACGACCAUAAAGAGCCAGCCUUACUUAUCGGAGGUCACAGGGAAUUCCACAGAAAAUACAAAGAACUGUGCGAGGACACAUUGAUGUCGGCUUUGUCGAAUAGGAGCUCACCUUCUUCACCGGCCACUCAUGCAGAUGUCGACUCUUUCCCCGCUUCGAAAGUUUUACCCUUUUUGUAUCUGGGUAAUCUGAAGGAUGCGACCGAUCCGUCUUGCCUCCGAGGAUUGGGUACCACCUGCGUUCUCAACGUCACCUCACAGUUACCGGGGUACCAUGAAGAAUACGGCAUCACGUACAAGCAGAUACCCGCUACAGAUUCCGAACAUCAAAACCUGAAACAGUAUUUUGAAGAAGCAUUUGAGUUUAUUGAAGCAGCUAGGAAAAAUGGUUCGAGAGUGUUGGUCCACUGCCAAGCUGGAAUUUCCCGCAGCGCAACUAUAGCUAUAGCUUACAUAAUGAAAUACAAACAGAUGUCGAUGGUGGAAGCCUAUAAAAAAGUAAAAGAAGCCCGCCCCAUCAUAUCGCCCAAUCUUAACUUUAUGGGUCAACUAUUAGAGCUAGAACAAAGUUUACGAAAUGAUACCAGUAGUUCAAGUAACCAGUGUCGCUGGACACAGCAAAAUACGGAUGAAGUGACCCCAGGAUGUAGUGUGUAAUCUAACGUGGAUAAAAAUGGACAAUGAAAAGCUUUUUGUUAUGGCCCUGUACGGAAAUAUUUCUCAAUUACGGUUUUCGCUACGGAAUAAGCGUUAUUCCAAAAUAGCAUGUGUUCCAGUUAUAUCAUAACUUGCGUCAUCCAGUGAAUGUUUUGAGGGAGACAAACAAAUUGGUCAACAUUUGAGAAUAAAAGAUAAAUUAUUUUUAUUACCCUCAUUGUUAUACCAGUAGUAAAACUACGUCAAAAACUAUUAAAUUCCUUAGAAAUACCAUAAUUGUGACUUAAACAUAUUGCAUCACUGUGAUACAGGAUAUAUAUUAAUAAAUUAUAUAAAAUUAUUUCUGCAUAAUUAUACAUACAUUAUAAAAAUUUACGUUAAGUUACCUACAUAUUUUUCAAUUGCUACGUACAUUACAUUUAACAAAGCUUAGAACGAUCGAUACUAUGUUUACAUUGAUAUAAGAAGACAUCAUUUAUUAUUUAAAUAUCCUAGUAUAUUUAGACAAUGAUGAGAUACAUAUGACCUCUAUACAUGAUUACCAGAUAAAUACAAAUAUGACUUGUGAUAAAAAAAACUUGAAUGACUAUUGACUCGCAAUAUUUGGUAAAUAGUUAUUCACCUCAUUCACUCUUACUGGAACAUCACGAGGGUUAUAUAAAUUAACUAUUUCUAUCUAUCCUUUAAGUUAGAUUAUGUAACACCUUAAAAGGUUUAUCUAACAGAUAAUGGAAUAAACAAUGGACAUAUAGUGAUUUUUGAAGGUUUAAAGUAUAGAGAAAAUCAGGUAUUUCAUAUUAAACAAGUUUCCAUUCGAAGUUAUGAUAUGCAAUUACUGCAAACUUGCCAUUUUAUUGAGGAUUAUUUCAUACAGAGCCUUCAUUUUCCGUAAAUGACCCGAUAUAGUCAAUAACUCGCCAUAGAGUUACAUUCUAGUCUUAUAUCUUUUUUGUUUAAAAUGGCUGUGUACCAUUAAAGAUAUUUAAUACAUUAUUGCAGUGAAUCAUUAUUUUUGGCAAAUUUAUAGAACAUUUUAAGCAAUGUGCAACUAUUCGCGUAUAGCCUUUAAUAUAAUAUAGCCUUUAAUAUACAUAAUAUAGUACAUAAUAUAAUAAUAUUACAUUAAAUUUAUUUGUAUUUUUGUACUGCAUACUACUGGCCAUUUGUUUCAACAAAAAUCAGUAUGUGUUUGGAUAGGUGUGAUAUAAUAAUAAAAAUUGGGCGUUAUUCUCUACCAUUAAGGUACCAUAUCAACGACACAGGAGAAACCAAUACCUCUUCAAACAAUUUUAAUACACAAAAACCUAUGAACUUUUAAAUUGUAGUAUUACUAGAUUGUAUUCCACAAUCUUCAAAAACUCAAUGUGAUUAUCUUCAUAUUUCCAAUACCACUCUCUUCAACAAUACAAUAAAAUAUAAGUAAAUAUAUGUAAUCAAAUUCAUUUUUUUACUUAAUUAAAGCUGUAGACACAUUGUCUCUAUGUCUAACUUCUGAUCUAUAUAAAAUAAUCUCCAUCCAUCAUACAUUUUUCUAUCCAUUUUUUUAACAUAGUCGUUCCCUUGGCCUCUCCGCCGAUCUGUAUCCAGUGUUCUUGUUAUCAAUCUUGUUUUAACUGCUAUAUAUUUUUACCUACUACUAUAUUAUAUAUAUAUAUAUAUAUAUAUAUAUAUAUAUAUAUAUAUAUAUAUAUUAUAUUUCGAAAAAGUAGAACAAAUUACCACAAAAAAUAAGUUCCAAAUAUCAAUCAUAUCCAGUAUGGUUUUCCUCUCUUACAUUCACGUGGUCUCCAAAAUUGUAUCUACCUGUCCUAUCAUUUAGUCGAAACGUCAUUAGUAUCAUUUGUCAAUAAUCAAAACCACUUUUGCUACCGUUACACAAAAACUGAUAACCUGUUAAAUGGUAGUAGUACCAAAUUGUAUUCCACAAUCUUUAAAAACUCUUCCAAUGCGAUUAUCUUCACUUCGAAUACGUCUCUUCAAUAAUACAAUAAAAUAUAAAUCAGUGUAUACAAUCGAUUCACUUAUCUACUUAAUUAAAGCUCUAAGCACAUUAUCAAUUGAGUGAUCCAUGUUUCUUUAUUUUAACUCUUCUCAGCUAUCUAGAAAUAAUCUCCUUCCAUCAUAUCUUAUUCUAUCCAUUUUUGAUCGUAGUCGUCCCAUCGUCUCCUCCACUAAUCUCCAUGCAAUUUUCUUGUCAUCCACCUUGUUUUAUAUAUGCUAUAAUAUUUUUUGGCUACUACCAUAUUUUAUUUUUUCCCAAAAAUUGUAAAAAAUGCCACAAAAAAUAAGUUCAGACAUUCUAUGUUUAGACAUAUAUGUCAAAUAUACUACUUUCAGUCAUUUGUCAGCUCCUACUGUAACAGCUUUUUUUACUGUUAGUUCGUUUACCGGAGCUUUGUUGUUUUUCAUUUCCUUUAAGGUUCGUUCCACUUCCUCUAUAUUUAUAUUUGACAGAAGUUAGGUUUAUUCGGUGCAUUCCCUGACAUGUCAUUUGCCCUCUUUUGUUAAUUGACUUUUAUAUAGUUUUUCAUACUACCUUCUUUGUGUUUCACUUUAAUCAUUACCUUUUUACCAUCACAAAGCUUUCUUCUGAGUAUAUUUUCCUCAGUCAACUUUUGUAUUUUCUGAUUUACACUUUGUCGGAUCUUUACGAAUUGCUUUUGAUAUCUCGGUGUUCAAGCUUCUGAGUUAAGCUGAGUCGCCUUUCUGAUCCCCUUGUUCAGUUGGUCAAGUUAGUAUGAGCUUCAAAAUUUAUUUUAAGUGUUACCACUUCGUAUGAAACGUCUUCGACUUUACUCAAUUCUCUACAGUCGUUCGUUUCUCGAUCUUCAAAUUGUAUUGUGUAACAUAUGCCUUUCCACGGAUCUUUGGGCUUUUGAGAUUUUCUCAAUAUUCCCCUCUAUCGACUAGUGAACCAUAAGAGAAAGAUGAUCUAGUUCUAGGUAGUACAAAUUGUGGUGAAAGAUAGUCUAGGACUGUCAUGAAGACGAUUUAUGGCACUACUUACUUAGAUACAACUGAAAAGGUUUGGUUUCAUAAUUAUAUUUUCAUUUUGGCAUUGAACCACAUUACCAAAUUACACAGUAUUGGAAUAAUAGUUUACUACAUAGAUGAGUUGUUUGACUCGACAAAUGACUGAGUAAAAUACAGCGUGUUGUGUAAUUUAGUCAUGAGUUAAUUUUGUAUUGUAUUAAAUAUUUGUAUUUUUGUUCUAAAAAUUUGUCAUAUUAUUUAUUUGCCAUAUUUUCAGCAGCUAAUAAUGAUUUACCUUUUGUAUAGUGUUAAGGUUUUAUUUGAAAAAAUAAUUGGAAACAUUCGAAAUGCUGCGAAAAUAUAAGAAAAGCGGCAGUUUUUACAUUAUUUAAUUAAAUUAUUUAUUUAUGUUCAGUUAGUUUAUAAAUGAUUCAUUUUGUUUUCGGGUUUAUCCGAAUAUAUAGCUUAUUAUAAACUGAAGGUGACAGCUAUUUUAUUUAGAUCGAUUUGGUUGGUAGUACUGUAAAGUAAAGCGUCUGAUACAACUAUAACAAGAAAGAACCUAGACUAAACAAAAGAUAUUAACAAUAUUUCAAAUAUCUACUCAAAGAACAGUACAGAUAAAAGAACAGACAAGUGAAUAUAUAGAAAUAAAAAGAGAUGAGGUUAAGUGCUUUCGCCAAUCUUGUUCAAACAUUCUGAAAGUUGUGAGUUUAUGUGAUAAAUUCCUCUAAGUAUACUAUUGAAGUGGACUGAUAUAAAUUUAGAGAUCUAUGUUAAUGAGUAACGUCAAUCCAAACUUUUUAAAAACGAUAAUGUAAGAUCUAGGACCAUUAAAUACUACAUAUUUACUAUUUAUGAUAUACGACAUUAGGGCAUUCAAAAUCCCGACACAUCAAGAAGAUACCAAGAUGUAAAACAUUGAGACUUGGAUUUAGAAAAAAACAAUCAACAAAUACAGAGAUACGGUGGUCGACAUGCCAUUCCAUUAUUAUUGUUUACAUAUGAUUAAUUAUUUUUAAAGAAUAAAUCUUGACUCAAUCUAUUUACUAGUAAACAAAUUAGUAAAAGGCUUGCCAAAUCUGUAGUUCUGAUGUCACCGUCAUUUUAUAAUAAACAACGUAUAUUAUUGUAACUUAAAUUUGUUCGGUGUUAAUCUGAUUUUAUUGAGCAGUGUAUUUACAACUGAAACGCUCUUAAGAACUAAGUAGGGGACAGUCAACAAGCCUUUCUUUCCAAUAAUUAUUUUAUACAAUAACAUAUUCAAGUAUUUGUAGAAAUUUUUUACCUACUUUAUUUUUUCAUUAAAAAUAUCAAAAUGUGUUGUUAGUUAGUGUUAAUAUUACCAGAGCAAGUUUAAGAGUUAAUCGGAGUAGGAUGAUAUUCUUGGACCUUAGAUCGUACAAAGAAUGGUAACAGUGUCAGUACUACAUUUUAACCGCCAGUAUUACCCAUAGUUUUGACCAGGGUGUUCAUCUGUUUUAGGCUGAAUUGACAUGGAGAGCAAAAUUUGAGUUACCAAGCUUUUACUUUAUGUAUUAAUUAUAUGUGAACUCUUUGUAAAAAUAUUGGUAAAUUCUAUUUAGUUCAUCGUAUCCAAUGGAAGCGAUUUGUUUUUGUAAUCUCUUAAUGAAGUACUUGAAGUCUGGAUAUUUUUUGUGUUUCCCUAAGGCUUACACUGCCGGUAGGCUUGUAGCUGUUGCACUAAUAUUUCACUGUGAAAGUCAUACGUAAAGAUUUUUGUAAUGAAAGAUUUUUGGAUUGUAUUCUAGCUGAAUAAUUUGUAACCAGGGUUCUGAUAUUUAAUGUGAUUUUCAUAGAUUAGUUUAUAUAAUAAUUUUAUUGUACUACGAGCACGUGAAGGUGUGUUUGUAGAGUUUUUUGUUUUAUUUCAUAAAGACGUUAACGUUUUGAUAUAAGAGGUGGGAAUAAGCUUGCCCAUAUAUAUAUAUAUAUAUAUAUAUAUAUAUAUAUAUAUAUAUAUAUAUAUAUAUAUAUAUAUAU